AAGAAUUUCUCACUGGCAUGAUCAUUAUGUGUUUUUGUUGUGGUUUUUGUCAAUUUUUCAAUGCAUGGACCAAAAUGUGAGUGCCGGACACGGCCAAAAGGCCGCUAUUCAAAGUGUUGAUUUUCAAAUACUCAUUAGUUACUUUUAAAUUGGGGUCAAAAACCGGCUAGUGACGCGUUUUCUCGGUCCUAGAUUUAUGCAGGGAAAGCGGUCACUCUUCUGUGAGCCGGGAUACUCCGACUGAGUGGAAUUCCCCCCAAAAUAACGCGGUUUUGCCAAUCUGACAGCGUUUUUUUGCUGCUGAUAUUGAUGUCGCGUUAUAGUAGCACUCUUGGCGCACUCUGCUAAGUGUUGGAUUCUAUUUCUUUUGAUUCAAUAUCAUUCUGCGUCUCAACCAAAAUGGCUAACGUCUCGAACAAAGAGGAGCGCAUUGACGAACUCUCAAGUGAAUAUGAAUAUGAAAAACAACGUCUCAGUUUCAUAACAGAUUUAAAAAGAUUCAACACAAACCGAGGGUAGGUUAUGUUUUUAUUAUUGCAAAACAUCAUAACGGUUUUUUUUAUCUGUAAUACGUUUAUAAGAAUAUAAAUAUGUAUUAGUCUUGGCCUGCAGCUACAACUAUAGUACUACAUUGAACAUUCAUAAUCAUGCCCAUGAUUGCCAUGAAUAUGGCCAAAAUAAUAUGGGGCUUGGACAUGGUAGUUGGCAGCUGAAUCAGAUCCAUUCAUUGAGAAAUUAAUUCAAAUAAGGUAAACCUUUGAUACUGUUACUUUGGCAAUUAUGACAUCAUCAUUCAGCUAAGUCUAAGACAAUGACAACUAGCUUGCCAACUCCAUUGAAAACUUUUUUUUUAAUCUUACAUUAUGGUUAUGACUAACUAUACUAUGCAUUGCUGUACUGUUGCUUAAAUGGGCCUAAUGAAAUGAGUAUGACUAGUCACUAGGCCUACUUACCGGAAAGAUUAAUUGUGUUAUUGUAACCUCCUAGGUCUAGCUUUAAAAUUUAUUAUAUUUAUAAAGAGGGCACUGAUGAUGGCAACUACAGUACUUUCAGUAUCAGUAAGGCAUUCUUUACUUACUUAUAACAAAAAAAUAAAACUGCUUGAUGCCUAAAAUUUCUAUGUCAAUUUAGUCUAUUGACUUUUUGUAGCCAACCCAAAAGUUUUCGCAGGUCACUUUGAUUUUGAUAGCGAGUAAACCAUUCACGGGGUGCAUGUCAUUUAAUUAAAUCUUUUAUAAGCACCGACUAAAUUAAUUAAUUUGUGAUUAAAUCAGGCAUCUGUUGGCCACGGCCACAGUAUUUGACGUGGUGGGCCAUGGCGGUCACCUUUUCUAUAAAUGAUAGAAGUGAUGAUACAAAUCCUAGGUCUAAACUAUAAUGAUUCAGUCAGUAGUAAUCACUGCAACCAUAUGCCUAUUUCAGAUGAAUUAAAUAUGAUUGGCGCAAAGGCUUGGGCUUGGGUUAUCCCUAAUAAAACAGGAACUGAAAGGCCUGCUUAGCCUGCCUUUGCUUAUGCCUAUUUUUUAGCCUUUAGACUUAGUAUUAAAUCAGUAAGUGUGAGUAAGUAUAUACUAUCAUUACAACAUAGACUAGUAAAUUUAAGUUAAUAGUACAAGGCUGGAUUAGCUAAAGCUAACUUGUCCAUCAUGUAACGUUAACUGCGACAACCAAAAUUUUCAGUCUAUAUGUAAACACAAUAAAAUUCAACAAAAUUUCUAUUUAAAUGUGCAGACAUGUUCUCAAUUCAAGAUGUCCACCAGGUCAUGUCUCAUGAAGCAAAGAUAAUAAAAUUGACUCCAUAAAAAUAUGUAUAAAAUAAUUUUUUAGCACCAAAUCUUUUGCAAUGGAAUUCACGUUUUCUUAAAAUUAUUUUUCUACUAAACCUCUCAUACUUAUGGAAAAACUUGUUUUACUUUACAGUUGUGUCUGCGGCUUAAAAUAAAAUUCAGUUUUAAAGUCUAAGAUGAUUUUUUUCAUUUGCUGACUUUUUAUUGCAUUUUUGUUACAGCCUUCAUUUGUAAUGUGUUCACAAAAUACCAUGCUGAAAUUUGAAAUAAUAAAAAGAUAUAUAUAUAUAUGUGUUUAUAUUUUAAGGUAAAGAACCUUUUUUAAAUUAUACAUUUAUUGAAGUUUAAACAAAUAAAGCUUUUUUUUUAUUUAAUGAACACUUUUUAAUUUGUUAACCAGGACACCAUUUGAUCGCAUCCCAGAAAUUGGGGGUCAGGAGGUAGAUCUGUAUCAUCUGUAUCAGCUGGUAACUUCCAAGGGAGGCUGGCAUAAAGUAAGUUUUUAUUUAAAGAUAAUUUGAACUUUUUAGCCUUCUCAAUGAUAUACUAACAUUUCCUUGCUGUUGUUUUAAUUAUAUGAAGCCUAAAAUCUAUUUUAAAAAUAUAUAAUUACAUUAUACCUUACUCUUACAUCACUGAUAUAUACUUAAAAUCACUGAGGGAUCUUUUUUCAAUUAAAUUUAUAAGAUCUAUAAACAUAUGAAAGAUUGAGUUAUUAAUAAUAUAAGUUAAAGUAGUUUCUUGAAGUCUAAAACUGCAGUACUCUGAAGAGAUAAAAAAUUUAUCCCAUUUACAAAAUCUUCAUAUAGAGAAAAUAACUAAUUUCAUGCCUUGCCAUGUAGUAAAACCUCACUUUUUAUUGAAAUCUCUGUCAGAUGCAACGGUUAAUGUUUGGGGUGAAUGAUAAACAGUCAUUCAGUUAAUAGCAUAAGUUUGUAUUCAUGCAAAUGGAAUUAUUACUAUUUAACAAGGGUGGCCAAACCGCAGUCCAUGUUAUGACGUUUUGAAAUUUGUGUUCAAUAUUCUGACUUGGGUUUGCAGAGUCAGCUCCUUUGACUUCCAUAUUUUCUUAAUGGCACAAAUGCUGAUCUACCCUUUCCUAUACUCGCCCUGACAUCUUCUUCGGAUCCACCAUUUAUGUCAAUGAUGCUCCUUAAGUAUGUGAAGUCCUCCACUUUUUUCAGUGCAUUUCCUCCCAGGGAGAUAUGCUCUUGGUUGAGUUUACUUUCAAGAUCUUUGUCUUGCUUUUAUGUAUAUUGAGUCAGCCCUGUGCUGAAAUGGUGGCUAAUCUUUUGUCUUUUCCUGCAUUCGUUGCUAGUAGUGGGACAGAAGUGCAAUGUCAUCUGCGAAAUCUGGGUCAUUUAGUUGUUUUCAGGGUGUCCACUGUAUCCUGUUCCUCUUUUUGUCUGGAUUUUUUCAUUAUCCAGUCAAUGGCAGGGGUGAAUAGCAAGGGGUACAAGAGACAUACUUGUCUGACUCAUGUUUCCACUUUAAAAGCAUCUUAUGAGCCUACCUUCGUAUACCACCAUGCAUGUCAUUUAUUUAUUUAUUAUAAGAACUCUGGGUGAUCCAGACUAGUUUUCCUGGGAUUACAUAAUGCCAGAGAAAUUUGCACAAGCUUUGUCAGUCCAGGCUUUCAAAGGCCUUUUGGUAGUCUAUAAAAUUGAGGUUAUGGGGGGAGUUCCAUUCGAUUGACUGUUCUACAAUGAUUCGUAGAUUGCAAUUUGAUCUGUGCAUGUUCUGUUUCGGCAUAAGUCAACCUGUUCAUCUUGUGCCUGCGUGCCGACCUGGCCCUCCAUUCUAUUAGAAUAAUUCUGUUUAAGACCUUUCCUGGUACAGACAGCAGUGUAACUCCUCUGUAAUUUACACAAUUGCUGAGAUCCCCUUUAUUUGGUAUCUUGAUGAGGUAUCCUUCUUUCCAAUCUUUUGGAACUCUCUCUUCUUCUCAUGUCUUUUCAAACAGAGGGUGCUACAUGUUAACUAUUGUAUCUAUGUCUGCUCUCAUCAUCUCUGUUGUGGCAUUGAGUUCUGAUGCUUACCCUAUUUUGAGCUGCUUGAUAGCAAGGACUGUUUAUUCCUUAUUUGGGGCCCUGUUUUCUAUUUGUAAAUCUUCAUUAGCUGGUGGUAUAUUUGGUGUGUCUGUGGGUUAAGGUCUGUUUAGUAUCUCCUUAAAUUAUUCCACCCAUCUUUUUUGUUGUUUUUUUCAUUCCGUUAUUGGUCUACCUUCCUUGGCUUUAACCGGUCUAUUAAAUUCUUGUAUGUUCCUGAGAGCUUUCUUGUUAUGUCAUAGAGCUCUUUCUUGUUCCCCUUUCUGGCUGCUUCUUCUGCCAUUGAUGCAAGACCAUCUAUGUAUGCUCUUUUAUACUUUUUGAUGUUGUUCUGUACCCUUUGAUUUACUUCUUUAUAUUUCUCUUUUUCUUUUCUCUACCAUGGUGGGGCUGUUGUUAGCUGCACCAUCCAUUUCUUUCUUCUCAUUUAUUUUUUGCAACGUGUUGAGUGAGAGCCAGUCUUUGUGUUUUUGCUGCACCUGUCCUAAUACCUCGUUAGGGUUGGAGGUUACAGACAUCUUUAUAUUUUGUCACUGAAGUUUUGUCAGGUCAUCAUCUGUUUGGUCUUGCAGUACCAGGAACUUAUUUCUCAAAGUAAUACUGCCAGAAGUGCUCGUUAUAUUUUAGUCUUCUAGCAGCUGGAUCUUCCUUGUUUUUCUUCAAUUUUAGCUUGAGUCUUGCUUAAACUAGAUGGUGAUCAGAUGCAACAUCAGCUCCUUUUUUUACACAUACAUCUUGUAGAGACCUUCUGAAUUUUUUGCCAAUAUGAUGAAUUAGGUUUUUGUGUUCAGUUAUCAAGGAACACUCAAGUUACCUUCUUAUGCUAGAAUUUGCUGCCAGUCUUUCGUCGUUUUAAUUUCUCUCUCUUAUACCAUGGUGCCCCAUAAUUUAUUUUGUAUCCUCUGUUUUCUUUUCCAAUCUUAUCAUUUAGAUCACCCAUUAUGAUAUUUAGAUCUCUACCUGGACAUAUUUUUUUUUCAAGUAUCACUUGUAGUCUAUUGUAGAAAGCUUCUUUUUCGUCUCCCUUACUGUUGUUGGUGGGUGCAUAACACUGUAUUACAUUCAUAUUUAUUUUCUUCUUCGCGGUUCGAAAAGAUAAUGUAAUAAUUCUUCGACCAUGGGCUUCAUAUCCUAUCAAUGCCUCUUGUGUCAUUUGUGUCACCAUGAAAGCAUCUCCUUUUGUGUGUGGAGCAUUUUCUCCAGAGGCCAACCUCAACUAUCCAUCUUCUUUUACAGAUGCAGAGCAGUGCGAGUUUUUAUGUUUUCAUUUCUGCCGCCACUUGUGCUAAUUUUCCUGUUUCUUACAAAGUUCUAACAAUCUACUAGCCAAUCCCUAUUGCCUUUGAAAGAAGGGUCCUCGACUUUGAGACUCCCAUUAUAACCUGGCUUUGGGUUUGGAUAUAAUGUGCAUUAAUAUAAAUACAUAUUUCUGUAUUUCAUUUAUUUGGUGUUUAUAUUAUUUGUUAGAUGUAAUGACAUGAAGCCCGGAAAGAGUAGACCCGCAAUGUCAAAAGCAUUCCAAAAAAAGACAGCAGUUUAUAGUCUUUGAAAUAAAAGUGAAACUUUAGUUUAAUUAUUUGUAUGUAUAUUAAUUAUGUUCAUUUAGAUAAAUUCAUUUAUAGUAUCAUUCAGAGUAGUUUUUAAAAAUUUUUAAUAUCAUUGUUCUUGUAUAAAAGGUUAACUACGAACAACAGUGGGAAGACUUCCAAGCAGAAUUUGGACUUCCCAAGGGCUGUGUUAAUGGUGCUCAGGCUUUGAAAAAUAUUUAUUUCAGGUAAAUAUGGAUUAUGUAGUGGUCAAUUAUAGAAUUGAAGAAAAAAUAUAUUUUACCAUAGUUGUAUGGUAAAAAUCUAUUUCUACAUACAUGUAUACAUAAAGAAAAUAUAACAACAGGCCCGCAUUGAUGUAAAUUUCAAUUUGCAAACCCUUAAAUGGUGUGAUGGCACCACAGUUUUUUAAAUUGGUUUUUUAAAUAAAAGUAUUGUAAAGCCCUAAUAUAAAAUAUCUAUUUAUAGGUUGAUAUUUUUUUUUUUAAUUUGACAUGGCUCUGCCAAUUUCUCUAGGUUGGGGUGAAUCCUAGAGAGUUGAGAUUGAAAUAGUCAGUCAAUAUUUUUUAAAUAGAUCUAAGUUUUCAAGAUCUUUGAUUUAACUUUUCUGAAAAGGGCUAUUUCAUGAAGGGUGUUCGUUUGAAAGUGGACAUCUGCUGACAAGGUGGAGAAGGGAUCUUGCAGAUGUCCACUAGCUCUUUCUUUUUUUUUUUAUAAAUUACUCUAGGCCUUCUGCAUGUAGUCCAGUUUUUUAAAUUGCGGACACUCUCUGGCUGCUUUAUUUGCAAAAUUUUGAGGAGGAGGGGGAUAACUCUUAGUCUUUAUUUAUAUAUUUGGUUGCAAUAAAUCAACACUUUUAAACUUUGAGUUUAUGGCUUAAAUUUCUCCCUCUACUUGUCAGGUGUGGUUGGCUUUAUUUAAUCAAAUGAUUUUUAUUAUCAGACUUGUUUAGAAAUUUUAAUCUAUUGACUCUUUAUAAUGACUACACGGGUGGAUGGGUCUCGUUAAUCUUAGAAGGAAAACUCUGAAAUCAAACCCAAAGAUGAAGUCCCACAGUCGGUAUGACAUUGACAUAAUGAACAUUCUGAAACUCCUGUGAAGUAGAAUGCAUAAAGAGCACAAGACACACUGCUGGUCGUCUACUGCAUCCUUGUUUAUAUCCCAUUGUCUUGACUAAGUCUUGCCAUUGGAUCAAAUAGGCAAGAACGAGAGUGAGGCUGACUGUUAUGUAGAGUACAUGAACUCUAGCAGACACAAAGCAAGCUCGAGACCAUAUUUAAGGUGUGGCUAGCUAAAAAUAAUCUGUUGACCUGAAUUAAAUUAAUUGUAUUAGAAUUUUGUAGAAGAAUCUGGAGUAAACUGGAAAAGAAAACAAUGCGUAAGGUGGUUCCAGAUGCAUGAGUAGAACAGACUAUAAAAAGCGGACACAAUAGUUUUUUGGGAGAGCAUUUAUGACGAGAUAAUUUUACUUUACGGGUCGAAAGAGGAGUGUUAUUCUUAGAGCUGUGUUUACUUAUAUGUGAAUUCCUAUUAACCGUUGUACCUUUUUUUGGCACAUUGUAUUGGUACAAGCAAAACAGUACUCUGUAAAUUAAUGAUUUUUAAUUAUAUUUCUUUUUGACUUUAGUGCUUUAGUAUUAACUUAACCCACAAACUGGCAUGCAUCAUUCUGUAGUGUGGGAGCUUUUCAGAACCUUCUGAGUGACUUUUAAAUUACAUUAAAUGACAUAGAAAUAUUGAUACAAGACCCCAAUAAGUAUGUAAUUUUUAGAAAGGUAAAUGGAUUGGGAUAAAGUUGGCUAUAUUGCCCAACAGUAAAGAAAAAUUUGCUCAGUGUCCUUGACCUUUGAGUGCUCAAGAAAAAAAAUUUGACAAAAUGUCUUGCUUUCAAGUGCUCAUAAUGUCAUUAAUUUUUAUAGAUACAUUUAAAACACUAAUCUAAAUGUUGUAGCCAAUUUAUUUAUUUUUCAGAAAAUGUAUAGUUUGCUGAGGUUUUGAUUACAAUUAAACCUCUGAAAGCAAUUUUUUAAAUUUUGUGUCAUUUAUAUAAAAAACGGACCACAGCUGAAACCAAGUACAACAUCUCAGGCAAAACAGUUAUUAUUGACUAGUAAACAUUUAAAAUGGAACCGUAGAACCGAUUUGGGUUGUUUAACUAUAAAAUUUAUUAGUUCUGAUCUAUAAUUUGUAGCUUCUAUAACUAAAAUUCAGUCAUUCCUUGCCCAACCUCCGGGCCUGGCUCGAAAUCUAACAGUAGGCCUACUUCAGUAUUGCUAAGACUAACAGAUUCAUGAGAAGAAAAAUCUCAAUUGAGAUCGUCAUGGGGAAUGUUAAAAUCAUCAUCAGUAUCAAUUAAAUAUUUAUAUCAGUUCUUGCACUGAAGGCCAGGCCAUAGCUUCAGCCAAUUUAUCUUUAAAAAAAAAAAACAGCGAUAUAAAAUUCCAAUUAAAAGGUACCUAUUGUUAAGUUUUCUAGAAAAAGCUUGGCCUGGAAGUUUAUUUAAUUAUUAAUAAAAGUAAGUGGCUAUGAUUCCAUUUAAAUAUUGUAUUGAAAGUUGUUAAAGGACAGUUUUUUUUUUUUCGGCCACCACAGUAUAGAACGAGAAUGUCUGCCGAUUUUUUUGGCCGACCACAGUUUGUUGGUUGAUAAAGUUAUUAACUGUAAUUAGCCCUGUUUCGAGUAUCUUAUCGUAUUUCUCUGUUAUUGUUUUUAUGAUUGGUAUCAUUUUUUGUUAUGCACUGUUUUAGAACGAGGCAUUUAAUUAAAUAAGAGGUAAUUUUUACAUAUAGAUAGUGCGUAACACUGAAGAAUUGAGCAACUCUCACUCAAUUUAAACAAAAUACAGCUCAAAAGUCAAGGCUACUACUCAAGAUAAAAAUUGCCUUGGUUAUAUUUGCGUGCACGAACGAGAAAAUUAUAGUGGCAUUUCACAUUUUGAAUACUGUAUGUGUACAUCUGAAAACGGGAAAAAGGGGUGGGGUGAGAAGGCACAUGUGGAGAUUGUCAUCUUACAUAAACAAAUGUUCUUCUUUAUUUUUUGAAUGUGAAAUAGAAUAAUGAAGAAUUUUUUUAAUUUUCUAUUAGGUAUUUAAAUCUCUAUGAAAAAGUGAACUUUCUCGGUGAAGAUCCAGACACACGCAACAAUGAAGAAGAGGAAGGGCCUGCCAGGAAAAAAAUAUGUUUGCCUAUAGAGACAAUUCCUCUUCAUUACAAUUACAAUCAACACAAGUUGACUGGUAAAUUAUAUUGGACUUUUUUUUAAUGUCAGUUGUUCUAAAUAACCAAAAAGGAACUAGAUUGUAAAAUGAGAUUCUUUUAUUGAUCCAAACAAAAUUGUAAUGUAUAAUCCAUGUUGUUUUUGGGGGUGUAAAUUGUCCAAAGUAACACUCUCAAUUAAACUGGUCAGUUGCAACCCAUCUGUUUUCCAUCUUGAAUGAUUUAUUUUUUAACUUUUUAUUUUAUUUUAGAUGCUCAGAGACAGCAGUAUAAUUUAUCAACAGACUUAUAUGAACAAAGUGAUUAUGAAAAGCUGGAAAUGUCCCUGCGCUCUGGCCUCCCCAAUGAAGUAGAUGUGGCUGUGAAUGUUUGUGUACUGUUAUCUACAGAGGGAAAACAUUGCAUGAAGUUGGAAAAAACAUCACAUCUGAUGCGUCUUCUGCUGGCUCAUGUUGGGAUUUUUGAAGAGGGUAUUGCUGAAGAACUUUUUAAAAAAUUAUGACAAACAGCCAGUUACUAUGUAACGUGAUUCUCUUUAAAAAAAAAUUUUUUUUCAACUUUAAAGAAUCUAUAUAUUAUUUUAUUUCAGAUUCUGAUGACUUGCAAUAUUUGUAUCGACAUUGUUGGGCAUCAUCUGAAAACAGAAAUUUCCUAAGGGUGAGCAACAUUUAAUCUAUGAUUAAAAUAAUAAAAUAAAUAUUUUCAAAUCAAGCUGUACGAAAGCAUCUUUAAAAGCUUUGUGAGCCUUGUUUGAAAGUGACAUCACUAAAUUUUAAAUCUCUGCUCUAUUCUUUACUUAAACAGUUCUGGUUUGAAACAGUUGAGAGAAAGGAUAUUAGAACUCUAAUCACUUGGCUUGGAAAACCAUAUUCACAAAGUAAGUUGAAAACAUAAAAUGCAUCAAUGUGGUUUCACAAUUUUUAUUCUAAGAUUUAAUAUUAUGGCAAUUCAUUUUUUAAGAGAAUUAAUCACACCACUCUUUUUGUUGAAAAUUUUAAUGUCAAUUAUUCUCAGAAGAGCUCGUGGGAAAAGAAGUAUUGAACCUUGGACGGGAUCUAGGUACAUUAGAUGUUGAAGGUCAGAGAGUUAUGCAGGUUGGUAAAAUAUUAGUAUUCCAUACCUUAAUAAUAUCAUUUAAUAAUAAUGUUUUUAAAGUCAGAUAUAAUAUGCAACAUAGUGCUAAGAUCUGAUGCAUAUUGAAUUGUAUAUAAACACAAUUUAUAAACUAACUAAAAAUAAAUGUUUUUUAUUAAUUCCUUUCCAUUCUAAUUUUAAAAAAACAAAAGGUUGCUGUUUUCCUGCACAAUCUAUCAUUUGAAGAUAGAAACCAGAAGUUACUUGCUGGUAGUUACUUGGUAUAUAAGUAAGUAGAUCAUUAUUUCCCUUGUUAAUGUUAAUAUACCUUUUGUUAUAGAUUACUCAGUAUCUGACUCAUUUUGCUACACACACUCUUCUAAAUUGUAGAUAAAGCGUUUUAAGAACGUAUGUAUUGUAAUUUGUGCUUAUAUUCUUCACAUUCUUAUGUCCACCAAUAUGCAGAUUUCUUAUCUUGAGCUUGCAUAGUAACUUUGGGGGAUUAAGACAGCUGGCCUUGGAUACAUUUGCCAACUUGUCUUGUGAGGUAAGAGUAGUUUCUUCAGCGGAUUGCUAUUUAGAAUAGACUAUAUGAAAACUUAUAUAUGACUUUAUAUGAGUUGGUUUAAGUAUGUCUUGAAUGUUCAAGCUGUGCCAAAUGUUAAUGAAAAUAAAAUCAAAUUGCAUUUUGAAUUUUUAUACUUAGUUAUCCAUUUGAAAUAAAUAUACCUUUUCGUUUUUCUUAGGUUGAACUUGAUGCUUUAGGAACUGGAACUUCUAAUUUGGUACUUGAUCUUCUUAAUAAUGCAUUGUACUCAGAGGACAGAUUUUUUUUAGUUAGAGGUAGGUUUCUUUCAAUUUUUACUUGUUCAUUUGAGUCAUUACAUUUUUGUGUGCAAAUUUUAAAGGAAUGAAAAUGCAUUUAUGCAGUAUGUAACACUAUUAUAUAGUUAAAAAUAAUAGCUUUUUAUUCACUAUCCACAUAUAUUAAUUACCCACAUAACUAUGAUUUAAUCUCAGCUCAGGGAAAAAUAGGUUCCAUCACAACUUUUAAAGAAGCAUUCUAUACACUUUCAGAAAUUAUCUCAAUAAAUUAUUGACAUGUUUGUUCAUUACAACUUUAAUAGAAUUUUGGUUUAUUAGCCAACCAUAUAAAAUUAAUUUUUUGUACAUGUCCAUGGACAAAAUUGUCACGUAUCAAUUUAAAAUUAAAGAGUGCAAAAAUUUGAAGGCAUUGUGAUGAUUCUCUUCCCUAGGUUUAGAAAUCCUGAGUAAAAUCAGUCAGCUUACUUGUAAUGAAGGAGCACUUUUAGAACAUUUAAAGGAAGAUGUGUAUGCCAGGCUAGUAGCUCUUCUCACAGUCCAAGACAUACAGUUAAUUGUUCACACACUAGAAGCACUCUAUAAGCUUUCAAAGAUUGGAGAACCAUUCACCACAAGGAUAGCAAAGGUUCAUAAAGCUAUAGGUAAGUGAUUGAUUAAUGUCAUCAAAUGUGUAAUUAAUGCAAGCAGUCAAUUAAAAUUAUUUAAACAUCCUUUUUUUUUGUCAGUGGCUUUUCUCAAUAAAUCACAAUGAGAAACAUAGUGACCGAAUUUGUAUUAACAUUAAACAAUUUUUGCUUUCAGAUACACUUGUGAGUUUAAUUACUAUUGAAGCUCAGUCAUUUGGGCCAGGAUCUUUAGUGGGAAUAAAGGUAGUUGAAUAUGUUCCCCCUGCUCAUGUUACAAGUGAAGAUGGUGAUAGCAUGAGAAAACCAACUACUGUCAUUCAGCCUAUAAACCCUGAUUCUGUUAGUAAGUAAGCUGUAUGGUUUCUGUUGAGUAAAAGUUAACAACAGUUCCCAUAAAAUAUAGUUUUUAAAAUGUUAACAGUCUUCACAAUUUUCAGUUUCAUAAACACAUUUGGUUAAAAUUAAAGAUUCAUCAUUGAAUUCGACUAAAUCCCAUCCAGACAUUGUGUAAAUACUAGUACCGUAAACAAAAUAAUUUUUAUUUUUUCCCCUCCUGCCAUCAAAGAUGGCUAUAUUGAUUGUUGAAACAUUAGUCUUAUUUUGGUAUUACCACCACACUUACAGAUAUCUAUCAAGUCCCCGCCAGCUUACACAGUCAGAUGGGUGGUGCUCUUGACAGUGGGAGUGGAGGUGGUGGAGGCCCAGGAGGAGGUGAAAUUUCAAAAGUUGUCACUCCAGUGAAAGAGCCAGUGACUGAUAUACAAGCCACUACAUCAAGCUGGUAGGUGGAAUCAAACAGAAAUUGUUAAUGUUUAUAUUUAUAUAUGUUAACAGUUCCUUAGCAUUCAAGUUUUUCAUUCAUUGUGUUUGUGCGACUUGAACAUUUAGAACAGUGCUGCAUGGGGCCCACAUGAGAUGAUUUAAAUCUCCAGUUACAGCUACAGACAUUUUUAUGAUGAGUGUAUUAAAUAAUUUUAAAAAUGUAGGUUGAAAAUAUUUUCAAAUUACAUUAAUUGAUUUAGUAUUGUACACGGGAGAGCACAUGAGAAGUUGUAAAAUGGAAAAUGGGGAGGUCACAAAAGCUAAUGAGUGGUAUGGCUUGACAGGUUGCAUUAAUUUAUCAGCAGAGAAACCAUUAGAUAACCUGGGUGAUAUCUUCUCCUCCUUUCUAAAGUUGGUACAGGGGAGGCGUUGCAUGGUGUUGGAUAUAAUACUGAUGAUGUUGGUUUGGGUAAGAUGAAUAGGGAAACAAAAAGGAACUUUAUAUGUAGCUAUUUUAUCAUUGUUAAAAUAUCCAUGCCCCCACCAACUGGACAAAUUUAGAUGAAAUAGAUAGGUGAGCACCCAGCCUUAACCACUGUGCUUUGUGGGUUGUUAAAAUAUGACAAGAAAGUCUUUGGGGUUGAAUAAUCAAGCUGGGGUACUAAAGAUGUCACAACUGAAUGACAACUGUGGGGAGUGUGAACCAUUUAUGGUACCUUGUUACUUAAAUAGGUAGUCUAGACAUGUAUGUUAACUACCUCAAAUAAAUAAAAUUGCUAUUGAUGAGCCAAUAACGCUAUAGGGUAUGUGACUCUUUUAUGCAAAAGGUAAGAAGUAUUAAUAAUAAUAAUAAUAAUAAUUAAGUUUAUUUGAAAAUCACUCUUCAUCCCCAAAGCCUCGAAGCGCGUACAAAGUCAACCAAAUUAAAAGAAAUGAAAAAAUCUAUAUUAUACCACAUUGAAAUACAAAACGCGAUAUUACAAAGACUACAUACGAGAAUACCUAUAAGUCUUUCAUCCCUUGCAACCAUAAACAACACAGACCAAUAUACAUCUAGAAGAUAAUAGCUAGCUGGAAAAGAUGGUAGACAACAUCACCCCAGCAGGUGUUUGUGAAAUAGAUAUGUUUUCAAAUCGGUUUUGAUAGACUCCAGUGUCUGGCUGUUUCUGAGAGUGACAGGAAGUGUGUUCCAAAUUGUUGGGCCAGCAAAUGGGAAAGUGGGCCUUCGGUAAGUCUCUUGGUAUUGAGAGUUUGCCACUAUCGGAUGAGCAGAGUUUUCUGGUGGGUAUAUAAGUCGUCAUGAGCGCUUUGAGAUAGGACGUAGCCAGGUCAUGCAAGCAGCGGUAGCACAGAGUUGCAAUUUUUUUACUCUAUGCGAGUGCGGACCGGCAGACAAUGCAACUCUCUCAGAAGUUUGUUAGCAUGGUCAAAUUUGUGCUUGCAAAGAACAAUGCGAGCCGCAUUAUUCUGUGCUUUUUUAAUUUUAUCUAGGAGCGUAGCUGAAAGACCCACUAUGAGAGCAUUGCAAUAGCCCAUGCGUGAUAGCACGAAUGCAGACAUCAGCCUCUUUGUUGCAUCAAACAUUAAGAAAGGUCUGAUAUGACUAAUUCUGCGCAGCUCUAGAAAAAUCGCCUUGCAAAGCAUGUUAAUGUGAUUUUCCAUAGUUAGUUUUGUCUAAGUAGACAUCCAGAUUUUGCACUGUUUAAGCAAACUAAAUCAGUAUAUUUGAGAGAGUAAGGGAUGGUGUGUUAUUGACAGAUUUUAGCUUUUGAGCGGUAGCAGUGGGGAUCAGCUCUUUUCUGGAAAGUAUAUAUUUUUUUUUUUUAAACUGAUCUUUCUUUUGAGAUGUUAUUUUCAGCCCUUGGGUUUGCGGAAUUUAAAAAAAAAUUUGGACCACCUUGUCAAAAAAUUUUGACAGCACUAUUUUGUAAGAUUGAGACUGAUAGGCUCUAGGAAGUUGGGUCUGUGCAUUGAGAAAUGAUUUGUAAUAUAUCUGUCACAUUGAAAAACCUAUCUUGCCAAAUGGUUAAGAUAACAGUACACAUUUUACAGCUUCUUUUGAAAUAAUUUAUGAAUCAUAUGCAUUUUAUCUAAUUGUUUUAAAAAUUUGGUCGUGUAAUGCUUAAAAAUAUAGAGUUAAUAAUUUUUUCCUUAACAGUACGUUGAUAAAGUUUUGUUUCAUUGUUGAUGUGUUUUUGAUUUAGAGGUUGAUGUUUUUCUUAUUGAGAUAUUUAAUUAUUCCUUUAUAUGCAACAAAAUGAAAGUCCUCUAGUUUUAUUAGAUGCGAUUCAUUCUGUACAUUAAUGCUUACUUUGGACCUCAAUCUUUUACAUUUAUAGGUUGAAUGCUACAUAUGAGCUAAAGAAAAAAAGCAAAGUGAACCAGGUUGAACUGUUUUCUGACUACUUACAGUUUUGCAGAAAGUUUCAAAUUCACAAUGCUAUGUCAUCUGCUGAAUUUUUACAUCUGGUCAAGUAUGUACUACUAAAAGUUUUUAAAAAGUUUUUAAAAAUUAAUACCUCAAUAUUUAUAAUUUCACCUCAUCACCACUUAUAUUUAGAAAGUAAUUUUAAUUUGAGUGUUAAGCACUGCCUUCUGUAGUGUGAAAUUAAUCUCUUAUUUUAAUUUUAUGGCUCGUUCAAAAAGUGCCUAACAAAGGACGAUACCAUAGAGAAAUACAAUAGCAAAAAUACGACACUCGAAACAGUACUAAUUACAAUUAAUAAGAUUUAUUUAAGUAUUAAUAUAAUUACAAAACAAAAGAAAUAUAAUUACAAAUCAUCAACUUACAGAUUAUGGGAUGUCUUGUACCGGUACACAGUUAGUACCCUGUGCCAAUUAAUAAUGUACAAUGAUGAAUGCGAAUAAACACAUAUGAGUACACACAGAAUAAUACACUUAUGUCGUGAAAUGAAAAAUAUCUAUCUGAAUCUCUGUCCCUCAAUGUUCUCUGAACCCCUUAAAAAUGCAGCGUAAGAUGCAUUCCAGAAACGACUUAGACAUUGUUUACCUUUCUUGUCCACCCCCGAACUUUCCACAACAUUCUAUUAAAACAUAUUAUUUUUAGUUGGUAGUGGUAGUAAACAACAGCCAAAAUCAAAGGAAAUAGGCCACGCCCAAUACGAACGCAGCCUAAUUUUGGGGUCAGAGUUCAUGGCACGGGGAAAGUGAUGUAAACACGUCUUCUACAUAACAUUGAGACUGGUGGUAAGUCUACAUAGCUAAAUUUUAUUCCUUUCCAGGGUGAUAUUUCACCAAUGUGAAGUACUCAGCAUUAAUAGAAAAAAUGGAGACAAAGAUGUUUUCUUAGAAGGGCUGUGUAAAAGACCAACUCAGAAACCUUUUGCAGUGACAACAAUGCCUCCUGAAAAAGGUAAGGAGUUGGUAAAGCUUAAUAAUGCUCUAAUUAGCUCCCAUCUUUAUAAUGGAUAUAUUAGGACUUUAAAAAAUCCAAUACAUUUUAAAAGCAUCCUUAAACUUAACUUGUAAAAGUUAGUGUCUCAAAUAAAACCACAAUCUUUUAAUUUUUAAAUUCUCAGUUAUAAUUACAUUUAGAGGCUAAGAUUUGUCAAGGAUUUUUUUUAUGGAAUCAGUGUUAUGUUAAAGCAUUCGAAAUAAAAAAAGAUUUUUUUAACAGCUAAUUUCUAAACAUUUGCUAGCAUUUUUCUGUGUAAUUGCUUUAAACUAAUGGCACAGCUUAAAUGAACUUAUUUGGCAGUUGCAUAAUUUUGUCAUUGAAAAUUUUUUUUAUAAUUAAUUUUAUUAUAUCAUUUUCACUUUUAAAAAUAUUUUAAAAUAUCUGAAUCUUUCAUUUGGUUUCUGUUUUCACCAAUGCUAUUGAUUGAUAUAAGAAUAAGUAACUUUCAAGUUGCUCAAAUAGAUAAGACGGCGUUGUGAACUAAAGGUCUAAACACAUUUUGUGAACCCAAGCUUUUUAAUUCCCUGAUGUUAAAGGCUUUGCUUUUAUCUUCUUUUUUGUUGUUGUUUUGGUGUGCUUUUUAUUCUGAUUAAUUUAAAAGCUGAAGUUUAAGUAUUGUAAAACUUUUAGGUGUUUAAAGGUAUUCUAGUGCUUCUCAAACUUUUCAGAGGGACAAACCAGAAGAAUUUAGUUAAUUUAUUUAUUUUUCAUUCUUUAGAUUUUCACAUCUCUGCGUUAUUUAGCUCCUAUUUAAGUACUGUCUCUUUCUGGUUAUAAUUUUUCAAAAAGGAAUAAUGUAUUAGCUACCAUACAGUAACUAAUUUCAUAAUAUUUGUAAUAUUAAGGGAAAUUUACAAAUUCAAAUUGAAAAAGAAGUGUCUGUUCAUAAGGAAUAGUAUAAACACAUAUCGUUAAUUUUAGAUUAUUUUCUGUUCUUAAAAUUAAAUUUCUUGUAAAUGUAAAAUUACCUAAAUUUAUCUGAAAUGCUAAAAUGAUACUAUAAAAAUGUUAUUAUUAGUUGUGUUUAUAAACUUAAAGGAAUAAUGAUUAAUAACUAAAAACAUUUUGACAGGUGACUAUGCCAAAUGAAUUUUUAAAUUCAAUUUUUACUAUAUAUAUUUUCAAAAGGAUUGCUCCUGAAUUAUUUGAACCUUUGUCUAACCUUUUAUAAUGAGGCAUCAUUGGGGAAAGUUAGUGAUUGUAAAUAUUUAUUGUAAUAAAUUGUUCAAUUCACAUUAUUAUUUUAUAUUGUGCUUUCCUUAUCGUUUUGUUUUUGUUGUUAGCCAUUAAUAAUCUAAGCAUGUUAACCAGAAAAUACUUUAUUCUUUGGAAGAACUUCUCUUCUGCCCUUCGUGAUAUUCCAUUGAAGGCGUAUAUUAAUUUUGUAUCCAAUGUUUUAAAAUGUGUUUCCAAAUAUGGCAGAAGGUUGUCAUUUCAGUUCAUAUUUUAACAUUGUAACUUUGUAUCGGUGUCAAACUGCAGCAUUUGUUUUUAUUUCUUGCUUUCAGUGCGUAAUCCCCUUAGUGUGAAUGUAAGCCCCAAACAGACCCCUACUCAGGUGGUAGAAUCUUUAGCUCACACGCCAACAUUACGACAGCGCCUUAUGGAGCCGCCACGUGUAUCAUUACAUCCCCAACUUAAUCAUUCAGGUGCCACGUCUUCAGCAUCAUCACCACUCGCAACAUCCACUCCAGCGCAAGCAUUUUCAAGAAAUAGCAGCCAUCAAACCCACAGCUCACAAACAGGCUCAAUUAAAGGGACAUCCAAUCAACAGGGAAAAAUAAUGAAAAAUGUCAAGUCCCUUUCAGCACCUCCAGUUAAAAGAGGCCUGGCAUAUAUGAACUCUGCAAGCACUUCAGCUGACAAUAACGCAUCACCCAUAGCAGUUGGCAAUCUACAGAUUAAUCAACCAUCAUCUCAAUUUAAUAAAGGCUCAUCUACUCAAGGCUAUUCACAGACAAUAAAUUUAGCUACUGUUCAGUCCUUUCCAUCAAUCAGUCAUGCACUGCAAACUGAGCAGGGCACUAAUGCUUCUGAUGCUUUGUCAGUCAAAAGUUUGCUGGCUAAAAAACUUUCUCAGGGUGUGUCUGACCAAGAUUUAUCGUUAACUUCUGGAACCACUCAUAUUUCAUGUCAGUCUCAUAAAGCUCCACAGAGUAUACCCAACAUUUUCUCACAAGCUUCUCAAGCAGGAAGCUCUGUGAAUACUGUGGCUUUUAGUUCUAGUCAAGCCACCAUAAACAAAGCAACCCGUCCAGUUUCCUCCAGCGUCUCAUCAUCUGUAUCACAGACUUCAUCAACAGUACAGUCCUCAUCAUGUGUAACUCAGACAUUCAAUUCUCACCACUAUAUGAAUUCUGCAAUUGUUACAAAUACUAACCUACAAUCAAAUCAGCAAUUGACUGCACAGAAUUGUUCAAAUAAUCUAAUUUUGCAACAGAAUACCAAUCAAAGCUCUAAUAUAUUGGUGCAGCAGAAUAACUCUACUGCACUUCAAAACCCCAAUGUGACUUUUGUUCAGAGGACCUCAACUAUUCCCUGUGUGCAGAACAAUACAUUUUCUCUGGUGCAACAAAAUUCUAUACAAACUGACGUUCCUCAGAACUCAAAUAUAUCUAUUGUUUCCCAACAGCAACCUGUUUGUAUGCAGUUUGUGCAACCAAAUUCCACCAAUGGAGCAAAUGUUUCAGUAGUUCAACAAAAUGCACCCUGUGCAAUAAUGCCCAAAACAAUAGGAACAGGACAGAUGCAUAAUAACUCAUUGGGCUCAAUCAAUCCCCAAUGUUUUGCAUCAUCAUCCUUAUCAUCUCAGCCACAAAAUAUCCAAAUAAAUCACAUGAUCAGAAAUCCCUCCAAUAUACUCGUAACCAACCAUCAAACAGGCAGCUCCAACAAUAGCUCAAAUGCUUUGACCAUAACAUCUACUGCAAAUAUGCUGUGUCCUUCCGUCACACAGACGAUAUCUUCCCCAGCAGUAGCAGCGUUACUUACAUCCACGCAACAACAAGGAUCUCAGAUGAUUAUAUCAUCACCAAUGAUAGCUGGUGGGUCAGUGGUGCAGGCUACACAGUCGUUACCUGUUCAGGCACCCACCACUGUGGUCAUCCAGACCCCACCUGGCACCAUAGUGAUGCCAUCAAGGCAGCUCUUAGUUCAGGGAAAUGGCUCAACAGCUUUUGGAUCUAUACAGCAAGGAAACCAUACUGGAACAGUAUCUUUCAUUGUACCUUCCCAAUACAGACCAGGGUCAGCUGUAACAGUUCAGGGCCUUAAUAUUAUACCACAGGGCAGUGUUAACAUGGUACCUUCACUUGCCCUGGCCAGUACUAGUACACAGUCACAAACUUCAAGUUUUGCAGCUCAAACUCAAAAUAUAAUUCAGAUGACACAGACGUCACAGACAAAUGUUAAUUCUGCUGCAGCUAAUCAGCUUGGAUCCAGACAGAUUGUGCUUGCACAAAACCAAGCUACAAUCCCAGUUGGAGUACCACUUGGAAAUUUUGUGAGGAACAGCUCUAACAUUUGUUUGGCAUCCCAGCAACAGCAGCAACACAGUUUUGUUAUCCAGUCUUCAUCUACCCAGCCUAUACAUCAAUCAUCUGCCACUAGUGUUGGUUUGACUAUGAACUUAGCACAGUCUCAACCUAAUGUGCAAGCCAUAAAUAUUCCCACACAACUUACUGAAUCUCAUAUCAGAUCUGACUUAAAUUACCAACAGCCCCAACAACAAAAUAUAAACUUAAACAUUUCAUCGUCGGUUGUGACUGACACUUUAUUACAACAGCAGCAAAAUGUGCUGUCCACUCAGUGCAAUGGUUUAACUCAUGAAGUAAAUGGUUUUUUAGGUUCUCCUGAAUCGGUUUGUAGUGACUUUCCUCCUUCACCAUUAUCCACAGGAAUUAAUUCUGAUAAAGACAUUCAUAAUGGGAAGGUUCUAGAGAUUGAUAAGGAUGUGUUAAAAAAGAGUGACAUUGGAAAAGUGGUUGAGAAAACCAGUAAGUUGAAUGGGUAUGUCCACCUUGUGGAAAAUCCUAACUUUGAUAUUGGAAAGUCUGAUCAAACGAUUGAAUCUGACUCUUUAGUUACAAAAACAAACAGUUUAAGUACAGAUUCACAAGGGAAUAUUUUAAUUAAUGGUUGUUUACCUGGUGUCAUACAGGGCUCAAGUAUUAUAGGGCAUCAGACAAACUUUUCAGGUGUGAGCAGUAAUAGUAAUAAUAUGAAUAUAACAAAUAACAAUGGUGUACAGCAAACUCAAUAUGUUGUACAACAGCCUGGGGGCAACAUCCUAACACAUACUGUGUCACACGCACAGCAUCAACCAAAUAAUUUACAGGUUCAAUUAGCUCAGCAACAUGUUCAACUUCAGUUUCCCCAGCAACAGCAUCAUUUGCAAUUUCAACAACCUGUUCAAAUUCAUCAGUCUCAAGGCAAUCAAGUUGUUUCAACCCAACAUCAAGCAUUGCCUCCACAGCAGCAGAGGCAAAUUCAGCAUGUGUCCAUUUCUCAACAAACUGGCAAUGUUCAGCAAAAGCCUAAAAUUUCCACUUUGUCAAGCCAGGCUUCUAUCAAUAUGUCUCAGUCAGGAAGCACACCUUUGAGACAAGUUUUUAAUUGUGACAUCUCCAAGGAUAGUGACACCAGUAAUGAUAGUGUUAUAUCUUCAUCUGAUCCUGCUGACAAAAUAAUAUCUGCUGUUCAGACUCCAACAUCAAAGAAAACACAAAAAAGCAAGCCUGAAGUUAUUAUGGUUAAAGAAAUCCUACCACCUCGACAGAAAAAGAAAGGUGUGGGUGAAGUAGUUACAAUAACAAAUUCCACUGCUGCACCAGGGCAAACUCAGAAGUCUGUGCAGAUUCCGCUAGAGUAUAUGUGUGAAUGGGCUAACUGUCGCAGGUGAGUUGAUGACUAUAUUUUUAUAUUAAUUUUUUUAGGUUGAAGAAAUAACUAUUAAUAAUUAAAAAUGUUUCUAUAAAAUUAUUUUGGGGUUAAUCUGUUUUAAAUCUUAUGCGGGGACAAAAUUCUAUGAAUUCAAGAGCAUUUUUUUUUUUAAAGCUAACUCUCGCAUUUCCAUCUUGUAAAUCGUAAAAUUUGUUGACAUAUAUGACACACAUUUGGAGUAUUUCAGGUCAUCAUGAGUUGAUGACACUGAGUUUCAGCUCCAGUAUGCUGGGUCAAUGGGGGGGGNGUAAGGUGUCUUUUGCGAUUGUAUGCCAAUACCUGUCAGAACUAGGAUUUUAAGAGACCGGGUUAAAAUUGUAUACAUUCUGGGUUUUUUUUUCCCGGAAAAAAAAAAAAAAAAAAAAAAAUUAAAUUUUUGGUUUUUAGUUUUAACUUGCAUUUGCAUUCUACACCCAGCAGCGCAUGGGUGGACAGAUACGAUUGGUUGGGGACCAUCUAUAAUUAUAUUACGUUUGCCUUGAGAGGGGAGUGGAGUUGAUUUGGGAGAUUUUGUGUAAAAACUUCAAGCUAAAAUUCAAUCAAAUUAACACCACCCCCUUUUUGUAAUUAUAUGGGGAGGGGUCUCCGUAGAAAGUAUGUACUCUAUUUAAAAAAUUCUACAAUAAUCAUCCUAAAAGUCAGAAAAUAGCAUAUUUAUAUCUCGAAUGCUGUAAAAAUAUCACAGAAUGUUUUGUAAGAAUUAUCAGCAAAAUUUUGCAAAUAUUUUCACAAAUGAACUCGCUACAUAUACUCAGAUAGUACUAAAGUAUUAGAGCUAUUACAGUAAUAUUUAGUCCACCGAAAGUUCAACGUGCAUGUGACAUAUAUUUUGUUGGGCUAAGCGAGUGCUUCUAAUAUUUUUUUCCUGGCGCCUAUGCCAUAUUUAUUUUUUUGGCACGCUCUCUGUUUAUUUCUAACAAGUACACUUUGAAAUAUCAAAUAUAUAAAUAAAAUAUAGGCUUGGGUAAAAAUAAAUAUAACAUGUAUGUAGGUCACUAAGUGCCAUUUUGUAGCUGCAAACAAUCGUUACUCAAGUGGGUUACUGUUUGCACCACGACCGCUAAAUGCCACAUUGGAUUAAAAGUGGAAAUAAAAUUGUAUAAUAUUUCGCAACGCCCAUGUGAAAAAGUCGAAAUUUACCAAUAUAGAAAGUGUGCACCCCCACCGGCGCAGAUUAGUAAAAUAACCAUGUCUUUGUGAAGUAAAUGGGAUUUUAUAGUUUAAUUCACUAUUAAGAUCCUCUCUUAAGACGAUUUUGGUGUACCAUGGCAACGAGCUAAUAUCAUGGGAACCAUUGGGCCUGCUGAACAGCCAGCGGUGAAAACUCAUGUCCCAUUUUGUUUACUGUAACAUCAUAAUUAGAUAAGAUUCUUGGAUUGUAAAAAAAGAUUGGGGUGGGGGGGUUGUCCAUUAAAAAAGUAUGUGUGCAACGGUGAAGAAGGGAUUUUUGCGUAUUUACUACUUGUAUAUAGAUGACCCUCCUUGGAUUUGUUUGCUGUGGUGCUGUAUGACAUAAUUAUUCCUUACAUUGGAACCGCAGCGUAAAAACGAGAGAAUGCAUUCUCAACUAUUCCGCGCAGCAAUAUUACAUUUUGACAUAUAUUUUAGAAUCUGAGUUACAGUUUUUGAUCUCAUUUCGAAUUUGAACCACAUUAAAUUUCACUAGCAACUUUAUUUUUAAUAGUGACAGACUGUGAUAAUGUGAUCGCAUGUUCUUCUAAAAAUUAAAUGAUAUCUAUAGCAGAUACACAUCUGUGAAACAAAGUGACCACAGUAUAAACAUCAGUCAUCUACUUUUUAUCUAUCUUUAGUUAUUUUACGCCAGUUUAACUCGAUCCCACUAGACACGGGAUGCGAGUACUUAUUGUAUACAUUAUAUACUUUAAAGAUAAUGUAUUGUAUGAUUUUGUAGCGAUAUUGUACGAAUGCCGAACUAAGAAAAGGUGAUUUUUCUAUAGCCAGAGAUUUUGUAAGCAGUCAUUUUAAAAAAAAAUUAUUUUGUGGAUAAUUUACAGAUUAAAAUUUUCAUACUAAAAAGUAUAAAAUACAAAAAAAAAUUGUUUAAAUUCUUUCUAUCCAAGACAAUGCCGACUAAAAAGUAGAAAAUGUUUUCUUAUAAAUUCUUAACAUUCACUAAUUUAGUUUUUUUUACAUUUAUUUGGAAGCACAGAGUGCCAGACUACCCUUCAGCACACACACUCUUUGCAUAAUGAAUUUUAAGAAAAUUAAUAUCUACUUUUUUGGUGCACUUAAACUUGUCUUUGAAAGAAAGUCUUUUUUUUUUUUAAAUAAAUUUUUAACUUUUUAAUUAGUUAUCAAAAUAAUCUUAAAAUUUAAUUUAAUUUAAUUUUUGGACCGCAUUGAACCAUUUUGUUCAGGAAACUUUCUCACAUCUUACAGUUGAAAGAGUAUUAGAACCUGUAAAUUUUUAUGGAUCCUCUUACUUUCUUAAACCUUCACUAUUCAUGUCUCAGGAAAACCAACUAAAAAUGGUUAAAUAUCAUUAAUGAAUUUGAUUGUUCAUUAAAUUAUUUAAAAUUAAUUAUCAUUUCUGGCAUUUCCUAGCAAUCUGCUGUGGGUCCCUAUGGUUCCGGGUAACCUCAGAUUGAGAAACACGACUAUUUCUUGUGAUUUAUCUUUAAAAUAGUAUAAUAAUUUCAGCGUCUUCACAAAAUAUGAUCUUAAAAUUUGAAUAAAUUAAUUCGUUUCCAUGUUAAACUUUUUUACUUUAUAACUCCCAUAGGUGUUUCUCUAGUUCUCGUUUGGUGUUUCUUCAUGUAUUCAAAUAUCACAUACCCAAAUUAGCUGAAUCAUCUUGUCAAUGGACCUCUUGUGAAAAACUUGUACGGAAAAGGUGGUCUCUUGUCUCACAUGUUCAGGUCAGUUUAUAUAUAUAUAUACUAAGGAUUUCUAUUGUUUCAUUCAAAUUUUAAAUGUAGACUAAAAUUUGUUUGAUCCUUUAACAUACACAUAAGGAAAAUAAUGUGAUACAUGAAUGGGUUGACAUGUGCCUUACAUCACAUGAGGAGGAAAAGGUUGAUUAUAACUUGUGUCGCACUGAAGAGGGUACAUUAUAAUAUUAUUGGUUGACAUUGCCCUGGUUUUAUUAGUAGUGGAAAAUAAAAGGACUAAUAUGAUGCAACAAUGAAAGAUUAGAAUAGAUGCAACAUUUGAGUGAGAACAUUUUAUAAAGUUUUCACCCAUCUCAUUGAAAACAAAUUAACGUGUAUUCAGUUUUAUGAUGUUUAAAAGUUUCAAGUACCUCAAACUGGCAUCUUUCUGAAGAUAAAAUACUCACUCUGAAACUGAAAUGCUUUAAAUAUUAUGUUGUAAUAAUAACCAGGUGACAGAUGCUGAACAUCAUCCUGCUAGCAAAACUGUAUGGUAUGAGGAAAUAACUGAAAAUUAAAUACAAAACAUUUGAUCUUAUAUAAACAUUUGAAUCCUUGCAUGUAGACUUAUCCAAAUGAGUAAACCUUUUUGAUGAAAUUAUUUUGGUUCUUUUAAGUUGCAAAUUUCGUUCCCAUUAAAAAAUGGAAUAGUUUCAGUAAUUUCUUAUAAUUAUAAUUUAUAUUAAUCAGCAUGCAACAUGGACAGUUUUUAUUUUUCUUUCUAAUAUAUGCACUUCAUAUUUCAGGACCAUCAUUGUUCUGAAAUGGCAAUGCGAACAGCAUGUCAGCGUAGGUUUACAGCUCAUCAGCAGCAGGCAAAGGGAUCUACACCAGCUCCAACUCCUGCUCCCCACCAGCCAAUGAUUUAUCCCCCUGAUGCCGCCAUGCAAGCAAUUAGACGAUUUUCUAUUAAACAGCCUUAUGCAGAAUUUACUGUAAGUACCUGUUUACUGCUUCAUAAAAGCGCCCUAUUUGGAGUCUUUUAUUAAUUCAGAACAGUUAUCCCUCAUUUAUGAAUGGGGAAAAUGCUGCUGAUAACAGAGCAACAAAAAUGAAUUAUUAUUUGAAAAUGGGUUAUGUAUUAACCUUCCCUAUUUUCCUUUCAGAAGAAAGAUUAAUUUUUUUUAAAAUAAUUUGAAAGAAGGUUAAAAUAGAAAUUAUUUUUUAAAAAUUUAACAUUUGAAGUUAAAUAUUUUAUUAGAAAAUGAAUUUAAAGAACAUUCCAAAGUUGGCUGGCUAAAUUAUAGAAAAGUGUCUAGACUGAUAAGUAAAAAUAUUGAUUUUUAUAAAAUGAAAACAGAUGUAAGUGAUUUUCUCUAUGGAAGAAAUAAGUCCCUUAAAAAAAAUUAUGUAGGAAGUUUAUUUGAAGACUUCAUUUUGUAGUUAACUGCUAAUUAAAAAAUUCAGUAAUUGCCAUUAUAAAAUGUGGCUCAACUUUUAUAUUUUAUAUUGCAAUUCUUUAACUUUAUUAUGUAAUUUUUAUUUAUUUAGCUUUUAAAAUAUAUUUUUUUAAUAUUUAAUAUUAGAUAAUUUAUGAUACUAAUUAUAAUUAAUCACAGUUUUAGACAUACUUUUGGAGUUAUGGGGAGAAAGAGUAAACAAGUGUUAUUACAAUAACAGAGUCAGCGCCUCUCUAAUUCCCAAAAAUUUGAAACCAUUCAUGUGGAUAGAAGUUGAAGUGUGCCAUUUGUGGUGGUAUAGCUUACAGUAAAGGCUGAUGUCAGACAAUAAAUGACUGAAUUUAGAUAUUUAAGAAAAUUAUUUUGAAAUAAUCCAUUUAAUUAGGAACAAAGAGAAGGCCCAGUAUCAAAGCAUAUCCGUCUGACUGCAGCUCUUAUUCUGAGGAAUAUUUGCCACUUUUCAUCAACAGGAAGGAGGUAAACAUUUCAAAAUAUUUAAGUUUACAAUGUGUUUCUUCUUUCUUUCCUUGGAGAAUCAAUAAAUAAAAAAUAAAAUUUUUAUUCUAUCCAUUUGUAUACCGUACAAGAAUGAUAUAUCUGUCAAAGAAGAUAUACUUAUCUCUCUUUUUUUUAUUGUAAAAAAAGUAUUCUUUAAAAAUAUUGAUGUAGCAUAUUGUAAAGGUAUGCUGACACUGGGUUUGUUACAGAGAUUUUAGCUGCAUAAAUGUCUCUAUAUAAAUUGCAACCAGGAACUGCUAGCUGGACAAAAAUAUGGCCGACAAGUGUCAUUUUCACAGCUUGUCACAGUCAUAUCAUGUCGUCGGCUGGCAGUAUUUUUACAACCUAUCACUGUAUCGCCUACUGUUAUGCAGUGUAGAGUAGUCAUUUAUAGGAAGCAGACGACAAUCAGUUUAUUAUGUUUAUUAAAGAACACAUACUUUAUGACAAUGGUUUUUCUGUUUUCAAUUUGUUAUGGAAACAUUUAUGUUUGACAGCUUUUAAACAAAUAUUAAUUAGUUAUAUUAAGGCUUAAAAAAGGGCCAUGUAAUUCCUCAAACUAAGGGUGCCACCUCUCCACUAGUGCGACCUGUUUGCUAGUUUUAGAAUUUACCCCCAAAAAUUAAACACUUUUUUUCCUGCACUAUUGCUUUUAACAAUGUAAGGGGUUCUACUAAUUAAGUUGGUUCUUUGAUAUACCCACUUUCCCUCCACCCAUAUUAUGACAAUGUUUAACAGUUACAUUAUGGUUACAUGAUUUGUUAUUCAUUCUUUUGAAAUCCAUUAUAUUAACUUUUCUUUUGUUCAUGGGUGGCUGGCUGGCAGGCAAAAUCUUUAGACGGCUAAUUGACCCAGUUCCCGUGAAGCUAUUGAGCUGAAACUUGACACAUAGACUCCUUGCAGAUGACAACACAUUCUUUCAAAAUUUCAGCCCCAACCCCCAAAAAUCAGGUUUACCUGUUUUUCAAGGGGAACUUGAAGGAAAAUUCUUGAAGGAAAAUUCCCAAUAACUACGCUUAAUGAGAUCCUUAAAACAAAAAUAUCACAAGUGCGUUUGGUGCUAAAUAUUUUCUUUUGUAUUUCUGAAACAGUUGGUGAAACAAACCUGUGGUGUUAAAGCGGGUGGGUCCAUAGAAUUUUAAUAUUUCAGGGGCACGAAAAAAUGUGUUGGGGGAGCUGUGUUACAUGGCACUAAUUGGAUACUUAUAAAGUGUGUUACCUCUAUGCAUGUUUUGUCAAAUUUCCAUGUGAUUAAAAUUAUAUCUUUUCUGUUUAGGGCAAUAAGACGUCAUGAACAGCAGCUGAGCUAUAACACCAUGAAUGCUGUUGAAGCAUCGACCGCCCUGUCUCACUGUUUAUGGGAGAUUAUACAGUGUUGUGAACAAAAACCUGCAUCAUUUAAACUUUAAUAUUUUUAUAUCACCGAGUGUCGGCUUAAUUUACAAUAGGUAUUUAGAUUUAUAAAUAAAAUUAAAUUGUGCUACAUCAACAUUGAUAAACACUAUUUUUUUCCUGGAACUAGUGUUAAAGCUAGCUAGUUAGAUUGGAAUGCCUGACAAAGGAAUGGGUACGGUAGUUAAAUGAAUUUUUAAAUAUUAUUUAAUACAUGCUCUUGCAUUUGUCAUGUAAUUUCUUUCUCCAUUUUUUUAAAAAUUAGAGGUGAAGUGGAAGUAAAAAAUCAUUUGCAAUAUUAAAGUUUAAUACAUUUCAUUUCAAAUUUAGAAUUCUAUCUGUGACAGUUUCAGAUACAUUAUUAGUAAAUGAUACCUGGUUUAAAAAGCUGCCACAAUGUGCUGCUUGCAACUAAAAGAUGUUUUCAAAUAUUUGUUUUAUUUUAUGUGAUAUUUUUAAAGCUGCA